CGGUUAUUUAUUUGCCAGGUCGCACCCUGUGCCGCCCUGCCUCCUCUGCUCUAUUUCUUCGAGCCCCUGCUCUCGUCUUCCCCCCAAGGAGGAGUUUUCUCGGCCGAUCUCCUACCAAGAUCGGGAUUCGAGGGUUUUGUGCCCGAUCUCUAAUUCUUUUCGGAGCAGAGAAGGGGCCAUCUUUUUCUCAAAAGAAUUCCCCCUUCCAUCUCUCUUGGAAAUUGGCUUUUUAGGUUCGGUUAAGGAGUAACAGAGUCAUUCCAUUUCGACCUCUCAAGUUUCUGAUUUCUCUUGCUUCCUCCUCCCAUAAUCCGAUCAUGGUCGAAGCAUUGCUCAAUAAAUCAUCCUCGAGCCGGCUUCCCAGCUUCACGCAAUCGGUGAAGCUCAAGUAUGUCAAACUCGGUUACCACUACCUCAUCACCCAUGGCAUGUACCUCUUCCUCACACCACUCGUCGCCCUUGUGGCUGGCCAGCUCUCUACCUUGUCCGUCCAAGACCUCCAUGACCUCUGGGACCACCUCCGGUUCAACCUCGUCUCCGCGAUCCUCUGCUCCACGCUCCUCGUCUUCCUCUCGACCCUCUACUUCCUCACCCGCCCUCGGCCGGUCUACCUUGUCGACUUCGCAUGCUACAAGCCGGAGGCGGCCCGGAGGUGCACCAGGCAAAUCUUUAUGGAGCGGUCUACGCUGACGGGCUCCUUCACAGAAGAGAACCUCGCAUUCCAGCGUAAGAUCCUUGAAAGGUCAGGCCUUGGGGAGAACACUUACCUCCCUGAGGCGGUCCUCAAUGUUCCUCCUAAUCCCUCCAUGGCUGAGGCCAGGGCGGAAGCGAGGGCUGUCAUGUUUGGCGCCAUCGAUGAACUCUUCGCCAAGACUAAUGUGAAGCCCAAGGACAUCGGGAUCUUGAUCGUGAAUUGUAGCUUGUUCAAUCCGACCCCCUCUCUUUCCGCCAUGAUCGUGAACCAUUACAAGCUUCGCGGAAACAUUGGGAGCUACAACUUAGGUGGGAUGGGCUGCAGCGCAGGGCUGAUCUCUAUCGAUCUUGCCAAGGAUCUUCUUCAGGUUCACCCCAACACCUAUGCCUUGGUCAUCAGCAUGGAGAACAUCACCUUGAACUGGUACUCUGGCAACAAUCGGUCCAUGCUCGUUUCCAACUGCUUGUUCCGAAUGGGCGGGGCCGCGAUCCUUCUCUCCAACAAGAGUUCCGACCGCCGCCGCUCCAAGUACCAAUUGGUUCACACGGUUCGAACGCACAAAGGCGCUGACGACAGGUGCUUCAGCUGCGUCACCCAGGAGGAAGAUGCUGUUGGGAAAGUUGGUGUCUCUCUUUCGAAGGACCUGAUGGGAGUCGCCGGCGAUGCUCUGAAGACAAACAUCACGACCUUGGGUCCUCUUGUCUUGCCCUUGUCCGAGCAGUUACUCUUCUUUGCUACAUUGGUGGGGAGGAAGAUCCUCAAGAUGAAGAUUAGGCCUUACAUCCCCGAUUUCAAGCUGGCCUUCGAACAUUUCUGCAUUCAUGCAGGAGGGAGGGCUGUCCUGGAUGAAUUGGAGAAGAACCUGCAGCUCUCCGAGUGGCACAUGGAGCCCUCGAGGAUGACGCUCUACAGAUUCGGAAACACUUCGAGCAGUUCCCUCUGGUACGAACUGGCAUACGCCGAAGGCAAAGGAAGGAUGAGGAAAAGGGAUAGAAUUUGGCAGAUUGCAUUCGGAUCGGGAUUCAAGUGCAACAGCGCGGUGUGGAAGGCCUUGAAGACGAUCGAUCCUGCGAAGGAAAAGAACCCCUGGAUGGAUGAGAUCCACGACUUCCCCGUUGAGGUUCCAAGGGUCUCAGCAAUUUGAAAUUGGUCCCCGACGUCGGGUGAUGAAAUUGGUCUCGAUCUGGUUUCAUAGCUCGCAAUAAUUUGUUAGGAUGGUCCUUUUUUUUAAUUUUCUUUAGGGGAAAAAAAAAAAAAAAAAACUCGGAGUUGUAAGGUAUGGUCUACGGGGCGUUUGGUGGUUGAUUCUUGUUGCGGGUGGAGAAUAGGUUGUUCUGCUAUUUUGGUGCAAGUUAUGCAGCCUGGAUUCCUAGACUAGGAGGAGGGUCAGCGAUGAAUUCUAUCGUGUGGUUUAAUUUAUGCGGGUUUGAGCCAUUGACUCUGUUUAAACCUUAUUUGUUGGGUCAAAACUUGCAGCCCUGAGCAAGGUUGG